AGUUCACAAUUUUAGAAAAUACUAAAAAUAUUUUUAAAAGAAAUAAAAAAAGGGGCGCAAAAAAAAAAUAAAAAUAAAAAUAGAGGAAUUAGGGUUCUUAUAUAGGUUCCCUUUGAUCUCUCUCUAUUCCUCUCUUUCUCAAGUAAAAGUUUCCGUCUCAAUCGAAUCAAAAUUGAACAUUUAUAUCAAGGGUCUUUUUGGUAUGCCGAUUAUUAGUCGGCGGUGAUUUUUUUUUUUGAUAAUUAAAAAAAAUCAGUGUUGAAUGUCAUUGGUGACUUAAGAUUUAUAUACAUAUUUGAGAAUUGUAUCGAAAAAAAAUCGAAUUUAUAAUUUACAUUUUGUAAAUAUGCGAGGACAGGUGAAAUCGAAACGGGUUACUUGGGCUUCAGAUGUUAAUCUUUGUCAGGUAAAACUUUUCCUGUCUGAAGAUUCCCCUUCCCAAGUUGGAUUAGGAGCUCAAGAUCAUCUCCAAGCAAAGAAAUCAUUACCUUUGUACGCAGGUGUUUUGGUGACCGAUGAUAAUUUACCACCAGGCUUUGAGGGCGCACAGUCUGCAAGCCCCUGGAAGAAUAAAUUAGCUCAAAUCCCUGUAAUCAAAUGGAGUCGUCCUCCAUCUUUUGUGUUGGAUAUGAGAUGGCGAGUGGUUGCGGGUGAUGAAAGCAAUGAAAUGGAGGUUCAGAAACAACGGGAGAUGAGAGUUCUUGAAGCAAUUUAUCCUCGUGAAUCUUCUAUUCCUCCAAAUCCUUCAAUGGUUCCUGGUGAAGAGACUCUUCGUAAUGAUCAGCACACCCCAGUUAUACCCAUAACUUCUGUUGAAGAGGAGGAGGUAGCAGAUCCAUCAUUUGGCACUGCGAUACCUACUAAUGCUGUCAGCUCAACGGCCCAGGUAAUGCAGUCUGGAGUUCCCUUGUCCAAUAGAAAUGCCGUAAAUAAGCUUCCAGUCCAUGGAAUCUCAUCAUCUGGAGUAGUUCCUGGCGUGGAGCCUGAUGCUGUAGCACAAGCGCAGGCUGCUUUAACUGCAUUCAUGGCAGACAGUGGCCAGUCAAAUCUGAUUGAUCGUGAGCUGCUCAUAAAAAUUUUGAGUGACCCAAAAAUUGUUGGGCAAUUGGUUACACACCAAGGAGUAGGCACCAGCUCUCAUAGCAUGCCAGCUCCGAGUACACAAAGUAUGUCUACUGCCAGUAACAUGCUCAACUCAAGGCCGCAGGGGUCAAAUAUGUCUGCUGCUAGUAAUGUGCUCAACUUAAGGCCGCAGGCGUCAAGUAUAUCUGCUGCUAGUAGCAUGCUCAACUUAAGGCCACAGGCGUCAAGUAUAUCUGCUGCUAGUAGCAUGCUCAACUUAAGGCCGCAGCCGUCAAGUACUGCUCCACCUCAAGCUGUAGUUAGUCGAGCUGAUCCAUCUUUCAUUCACUCAGGUAGAACAGAUCCUUCUCCAGUUCAAGUUAGUAGAACAGAACUAGUUAUGCCUUCGGUGGCAGGUGCUACUAAUAAUGGGCCCUUCCACUCUGCUCCAAGUAGAAUAGGACCCGUUCCCAGUUUGAGGCCUCGUGUGUCCGAGACCAUAUCUGCUUCAUCACCAACUCCAUUAGCAACAGUGUCGACACCUUCUUCCUCAGUGCUAGCACCUGUAACUAGGGACAUCAACUAUUACAAGUCUCUCAUUCAGCAACACGGAGGAGAAAGGCAAGAAACGUUACCGCCACAAUAUAACAACAACAACCGAAACAACCAGCAACAAUUAGCCUCAAUUCAAGAACAACAAAAUAGCUAUAAUUCAAGAGAUUCAAAACCUAAGAUAAUGAAACCUUGCAUCUAUUUUAAUAGUUCAAGAGGGUGCCGGCAUGGUGCGAAUUGUGCAUAUUUGCAUGAUGCAUCCCCUCAACAGAGGGGGGUAGGUAAUCUGCCAGAGGUCCAAAGUUCAAAGAGAAUGAAAAUGGAUAGGGAAAUUACUGGUACAUAAUAAUGCAGCUGGCUCUUUCAUGUACAUUAUUUUUUUACUCAAGGGAGGAAUUGCUUGUUGCAACUCUGCCAUUUUUGCCCCCUUUUUCUUUUUUCCAUUCUCUAGAAUGAGUCAACUUCAUUGAAUAUUUUUCUUUUAUGGUUUUUUUUUCCAGAUACUAUACAGAUAAGUGAAACUUUCUUCUCGUUUUUUCUUCUU